AACAUUAUCUGGGUCUCUGGAUUAACAGUCCAGUGAUAAUACCACCAGGCCAUUGCCUCCCAAAUAUAUACUUUCCGUUUGAUUGGAUAUCGAGUUUGCAUGGUUUUCUCUCCCUAUUUGCCUAUGUUUCCUCAGCCAGUCAUUAAUUUUCAGUUGCUUGGGAGGCUCUGAAUUGGGAAAGUUAUCUGCAUGUUUCUAAUGCAUCUAUCAUAAGACAUCUGAAAUAGUUUGCUUGAUAUUAUGGCCAGGUGAUCAGUGAUAGUGAGAGUCUUCAGUUCACCUGUCUUACUGUAACUGGUGCUUUAAGAAUUUGCUUCCUGAUUCAAUGUGUGUUCAGCUAUCAUGUGUGUUGGGACUUCUUUUUUAAAACGAAUUCACAGAUGGGUUUUCUUGUCAAAUUAAAGAAAAUGAAACAGUAUUUAUUGUAUUUAAUAUCAGAAAUAUAUUUUAAAAAGCUCCAACUCUUGUUCACAUGCAUUUAUAGAGGAGGUACACAUCUAAAGCUGCAAAGAUGGAGAGCAGAGUAAAUUGUUUAUCUCAAAAAAAAAAAUUGCAUAUGGAUCUUAUGGAUUAACUAGGAUGGUUUCAGGUCGGGUUUGGUGAUCUUGUGGAUAGUUUAAAUGUUGAGAAACAAUCCCUGCCUCUUCCUUUUGGAUUCAUCAACUGCUUGGCACACACUGAGGAAGCUGUCUGUGGUGGGCGGCUGGUCAGAUGCAGGCAGAGCAUAAGUUUGCAGAAUGGGUGGAGAAAGAAAGACACUGCAUGUUCUCCCCUUGCAAUUACCCUUUCAAGGACUUUCUGGUUGCUGACUGGUCCUCUAAAAGCAAUUCCUUGAAAAACAAAUGACUAGCUUAAUAUUGCAUGAUCUUCUUCACAAACUAACCAAUUACCGAGGACAGUCAUUACAAAUGCAUUCCAGGACCAUUGUUUCAUUUUAUUUCACCUAUUUUUCCUAAUCAGCUUAUUCAGAGAUGUAAUUACACACCUCUGGAGCAUGUGUGACAUGAACCCAGGCCUCCCAGCCUGGGGGUCUGGACACUGCCACUGCACUACAAGUAGACCCUCCAGGACCAUUUUUUUAAUUUUACCACUUUAAACAUUGGUAAUUGUGGCCCUUCUCAGCUGGAGUCCAUUGCUCAGUGAUUGAGUUUUAACAAUUUGGUCCUUGCCUGUCUGAAUGCCUGAGUCGUUCAGGAGGUGUAAAUUCACACUCAUUUAAGCUUGUCCUGUGACCAAACACAGACCCAACUCUAAUUUUAUAGCUACAUCUUGCAAUUUACAAAGCUAUCUUUGUGGCUGGAGUGAUAAACCGAGAGAGGAUCCCUACCUUUGAACGGAUGUUGUGGCGUGUGUGCAGAGGAAAUGUCUUUUUACGCCAAGCUGAAAUUGAAAAUCCCUUGGAGGAUCCUGUAGCUGGAGGUCAAGUAGACAAAUCUGUCUUCAUCAUCUUUUUUCAAGGUGACCAAUUGAAAAAUCGAGUGAAGAAAAUUUGUGAAGGGUUUCGAGCCUCCCUUUAUCCCUGCCCAGAAACUCCUAAUGAAAGGAAGGAAAUGUUAGCUGGUGUCAACACACGAAUUGAUGAUCUUCAAAUGGUCUUAAAUCAGACUGAGGAUCAUCGUCAGAGGGUUCUGCAGGCAGCUGCAAAGACUAUUCGUGUAUGGUUUAUUAAAGUACGAAAAAUGAAGGCCAUCUAUCAUACCCUUAACCUCUGUAAUAUUGAUGUAACUCAAAAAUGUCUAAUUGCUGAAGUCUGGUGUCCAGUUACUGACUUGGAUUCAAUUCAGUUUGCCCUCCGCAGGGGUACGGAACGCAGUGGAUCAACAGUCCCAUCCAUCUUGAACAGGAUGCAAACCAACCAAACUCCUCCAACUUACAACAAAACCAACAAAUUUACUUAUGGCUUUCAAAACAUUGUGGAUGCAUAUGGAAUUGGCACCUACAGGGAAAUUAAUCCUGCUCCAUACACAAUUAUUACCUUCCCUUUUCUUUUUGCUGUUAUGUUUGGGGACUUUGGCCAUGGCAUCUUAAUGACUGCUUUCGCUGUGUGGAUGGUGUUGAGAGAGAGCCGCAUACUGUCCCAGAAAAGUGAAAAUGAGAUUUUCAGAACUGUCUUCAGUGGUCGCUACAUGAUUUUACUCAUGGGGAUUUUCUCUGUGUAUACUGGCCUAAUAUACAAUGACUGCUUCGCAAAGACACUCAACAUGUUUGGUUCGUCGUGGAGUGUUAGACCAAUGUUUCACCCAAUAGGAAACUGGACGGAGAAAACCCUUCAAGGUAAUCAACAUCUUCAGCUGGACCCUGCUCAGCCUAACGUCUUUAAUGGGCCAUACCCCUUUGGAAUAGAUCCCAUAUGGAAUAUUGCUACAAACAAACUUACGUUUCUUAACUCCUUUAAAAUGAAGAUGUCUGUGAUAUUGGGUGUUGUUCAUAUGGUCUUUGGAGUUUCUCUCAGCCUCCUGAAUCACAUAUAUUUUAAAAAGCCACUGAACAUCUAUUUUAGCUUUAUUCCCGAAAUAAUUUUUAUGUUGUGUUUGUUUGGCUACCUUGUCAUCCUCAUCUUUUACAAGUGGACUGCUUAUGAUGCUAGCACAUCGAAAGAUGCUCCCAGUCUUCUCAUCCACUUCAUCAAUAUGUUCCUAUUCAGUUACAAUGAUAAAACCAUGAAGUAUCUGUAUAAAGGACAGCGAGGUCUCCAGUCCUUCUUGGUGAUUGUAGCUUUGCUGUGUGUUCCGUGCAUGCUUGUGGUGAAACCACUGGUACUGCGCCAUCAACAUUUGCGGAGAAAACAUUUGGGGACACACAACUUUGGAGGAAUAAGAGUUGGGAAUGGACCAACCGAGGAGGAUGCUGAGAUAAUCCAACAUGAUCAGCUUGAUACCCAUUCAGAGGAUGGAGAGGAAUUUAACUUUGGUGAUGUUGCUGUACAUCAGGCCAUCCAUACCAUUGAGUACUGCUUGGGAUGUAUUUCUAAUACUGCCUCCUACUUGCGGUUGUGGGCGCUGAGUCUGGCUCAUGCACAGCUCUCUGAAGUGUUAUGGACCAUGGUUAUGCACAUUGGACUGUCAAUAAACAGCUUUGGUGGAUCUUUUCUCCUGUUCUUCAUAUUUGCUGCUUUUGCUGUGCUGACAGUGGCAAUUCUCCUCAUCAUGGAGGGUCUUUCUGCGUUUCUGCAUGCUCUUCGUUUGCACUGGAUUGAGUUCCAAAACAAAUUCUACUCUGGCUCUGGUUACAAGUUUGUUCCCUUUUCCUUUGAAAGCAUUCUCGAAGGAAAGUUUGAAGAGUAAAACUGAAGAUGUAUUAAGUUUCAAGAUCUGUCUGCUUUGUGGUUUGUAAAUGUGUGGUUUGUGAUGUGCAUAUAGAUCAUGUAAUUUAUGCCCUUUAUAACAUAAUGCAAUGUUGUAGCAGAUUUUGAUGUUACUUUUCUGCAUGCACUGAAACCAGAUGUUUUCCUUGUGUGAAUCAAUGCAGUUAUGAAGUGUGACUAUUGCAUUGAACUGAAUUUGUCCCACUCGAUGUUCACUUAAUGGUUUCUUGCAGUAUAAUUGCCUCUUUUCGGUAAACAUGUUCAUAUAGAUAAGCUGUUCACUUUUAGUGUCUUGAAAAGGCUGGGACUAAUCUGACAGUAUUGCAGUAUUAUACCUCCUAGUAAUUUUACACAAUGCAGGAUAAGACUUGUAACUAGCUACAGAUUUAUUUAUUUAACUUUGUGGGAAGUGAAGGGCAAGAUGUUGGACUUCAGGGAAAAGAUAGGUGGGCACUAGAAUGCAACAUUUGGAUGGUAUUCUUGACCACCACUUAUUAAAAACACUGAUAUAUGUAACUUACGACUCAGUUGUAGGAAAUUUGACCAUGUGUGGCCACUAUCAGGUAGGAUGAAGGUUCAGUGCACAAAGCACAAUUAUGUAUAGAAAUGUAUUAAUUUUGACUAAGUGACUUCAGUUGUUGCUAAACUUACUCCGGAGAAGAUUUUCUGGAAUUGCAUUCAUGAUGCCCACCUUAGCAACCGGAGUUAAUCUUCUUGCAAUGUAAGGGAAUUCUAAAACGACAUUUAAAGUACUUUGCAGCAUUGCACUAGAAGGAGAAUUGUUCUGGUUGCUGCGCAGUUUCACAUAGUUUCUUUGUUUUUUUUCCUGUCUGGUUUGAUGGGAAAUAUUAAUCACUUUGAACUGUACACUUUAGAUCAGUAUCUCAGUUACUUGACUGAACAAACAUCCCAUAUCUUCCCCACAACCCAAGUGACUUAUUUUUAAUUCUGGCCACAUUCACUUUUCUCCUAUAGUUAAGGUUUCAACUUUGUUUCACCUAGGUUUAAAGGGAACAUUUGGAGUACUGAGGGGAGAAAGUGGCACAUUUUGUUGACUCGGAUAAAAUUUUAAAGCCAUUCAUGUUAGCUGCCUUAGAGAUCCUGGUAAUUCUUGGAGAUCUAAAAAUAAAGAUCAUCUUCUAUCUGGUUCAGUUUUAAGCUUCUAUCAUGGAAUUUUAUGAGACAAUCAUACAGUUUGCAGCAAAUUAGUUACCCCCAACCCUUACUUUGGGCAGGUGAGCUGAAUUCCAUCAAUGAAUAGUUAUUACUCUUGGUGUUGGUAUGAGCCCAGAGCCACCUUUUGUAUCUCCAGAUUCCCAAGAAAAUAUUAUCAAGUUGAAAUCUUCAUACUGAAUUUUUUAUUUGUUGUGCGUUGAACUCUCGAACACAGUAUAUCCAGUCCAAGAUUCCGUAAAUGAUAUGGUUUUGAUUUCUAUAAUGAUUAACCCAGCAGCAUCUGCAGAGGAAUGGAACAGUUUUUAAUGCAUUAAUUGAAUAAGCCUCUCAUGGCAAUUAUUGGCUAUCGCUGGGCUCUGGGUUAUUUCUGUGAAAUUAUAACACCCUAUGUUUUUUAUAUUUUUGGAAUGACCAAAUUAAUGGACUACUUUGGUUAAGAGUCAUACAGGUUUAAAACUCCUCAAAUGUACAUCUGGGAUGUACAGUGUGGCAGCCAUUCAAAUUUAUAUUUGAAUAUUAUUUUAAAAGGAUUAAAAUACCAUUUCCCUACCAGUUCCACCCACAAGCCCAUCGGCACCAUUUUUGGGUUGGACUCUGCAUUGUUGAUGACCAAUCUUCUUGAUUUUAUUUGAAUGAAUUGUCUUUUUCAAGGUUUUGUAAAUCAAACAACUCUUCUUAAGCAUUAAUGGUCAGUUAAUCCAGAUUUGUCUUUCUACUUAGAUCAUAAUUUUGCAUUGUUAUAGUGACUAUUAAUUUAACUGAAUGUUAAUACAAGUUUCUCCUUGUACCUUUGUCUUUGGCGUUUACUUUAUGUAAUGAAAUUGGUAUUGGAGUGAUACAGGGGUGUUGAAUAUUGGGAAUUGUCUUCCAAUAAUGGUAUUGCCAUUGUAACUUGCAUGGUGUUUCUCUUUAUGUUGUGUACAAAAUUCGAUGGCCAAAUUAAACUUGUCCUCGUUGAUUUAAUCAAAUGAUUUGCACUCAAAAUAUUUGCAUAUCUUAACAUUUGAACCAUUAUAAUCUUUAUUUCAUUUUCUUGCUUUGCUGCAAUAUUUGGUUUUAGAAUUAGAUACUACUAUAGUUUCUGAUAUACUCCUUAAUACAAUGUAUGAAGAAGCCCACUUACCUUUUUUUUGAAAAAAGAAGUUUGUUUUUGGGACCCCUUUGACCUGUUGCACAAUGAUCAUGUUUCAUGUCAUUAUGGUGUAGAGGAAGGGAUCGAAACAGCAUUAAAUAAUAUUGUAGUUAUGCUUGUAUAUAGUGAUUUUUGUCAGGAAAGGUCAACCUCUGUACUUUUCAAUAUAUUCUGUUCUGGGCAAAAAGAAAUGACUAUCUUGCAGAUUGUUGUGCCCUUUAACCAACUGACCAAUCCACAUGAAUCUGAAUAUUUGAAUUGUACUGGUUGAUGUAUGUUGUAAUAUAAGCUGACUGCGACCCCUGACACCAAACUAUCAAUGUAUCAAACAUUGGGCCAGCAUUAAAUUCCAGCUUUAAAAUGUUACAUUAAUUUUGUGUAUGUACUUUCAGAAUGGCUGAGCCACAACUGAUGAAUCCUACCUGUCUGUUAAUACUUGUUUGCUGUUGUGAUUUUUGUUUACAUGUUUUGACUGUUUACAGCUUGUGAAUGUGCGCCCAUUUGAAGCUGAAAGUUCUUUAGUCACCUUAUUGUGAUUACUUAGAAACUAUUCCAAUCUGAUUGAAGCUUGUGCAUAAUGUCAAUGUAUAUUUAAACAUAGAAUAAAAACACAGUGGAAUGUAAAAA